AUGUUAAACCAUCUCCACCAUGCACUAAGACACUUUCAUUUGGUUCCGCUACUCUCAUGCAGAAAACAUUAUUACACUCCAAGCCAGAUCUUGUCUUUCUCUACCACCACAACGCUGUGCACACAUGCCUCACCAACUUACUCUCAUACCGACCUCCUCACACUCAGCUCCAAUGUCCAAACCCUUCACCAAACCAAGCAAGUCCAUGCUUCUGCUCUCCUCAAUGGUUUACUUCCCCACAGUGUCUCUCUCUGCGCCUCCCUCAUGCUCAGUUACGCCACUUUCAAAUACCCGGAAACCUCUCACCAUCUCUUCGAACAAACAGUUCAUCGUUGUCGCACUGCUUUCUUGUGGAACACCCUCAUACGGGCUUAUUCCAUUGCUCAAGUUAAUGAUAAUUUUCAGACUUACAAUCGAAUGGUUCGAAGCGGUGUUGAACUCGAUGAUCAUACUUUUCCUUUCGUUCUCAAAGCGUGUUCAGACCUUUUGGACGUAAAAAAAGGGAUGGAGAUUCAUGGGGUUGUGUUUAAAGUGGGCUUUGAUUUUGAUGUUUUCGUUGGAAAUACACUUUUAAUGUUAUAUGGUAGUUGUGGGGAUAUGAGAGAUGCAAAGAGGGUGUUUGAUGAAAUGCGUGAAAGGGAUGUUGUCUCAUGGAAUGCGGUUAUUGGAGUGUUUACGGCCAAUGGGUUUUUCGUGCAGGCACUUCAUUAUUAUAGAGAGAUGAAUUUGGGAAUUGGGUUUAAGCCAAAUCUUGUUAGUGUCAUUAGUGUGUUGCCGGUUUGUGCAGAGUUGGAAGAUGAGCGGAUGGCGAUCCAGAUUCAUUGCUAUGUUGUGAAGGCUGGUUUGGAUCUUCUGGUCACUACUGGAAAUGCAUUGGUUGAUGUGUACGGGAAAUGUGGGAAUGUGAAUGCUUCAAAACAAGUUUUUGGUGAGAUGAUUCAGAAGAAUGAGGUUUCUUGGAAUGCUGCUAUCACUAGUCUCUCUUACAUGGGGCAUAACAUGGAAGCCUUGGCUACAUUUAGAUGGAUGAUUGAUGUAGGGGUGAAACCAAACUCUGUCACGAUUUCUAGCAUGCUACCAGUGUUGGUUGAACUUGCAUUUUUUGGAGUUGGCAAAGAACUCCAUGGUUUCAGUAUAAGAAUGGGUAUUGAAUCGGAUGUCUUCAUUGCCAACUCACUAAUUGAUAUGUAUGCAAAAUCAGGCCGUUCAAAUGAGGCAUCCAAUGUUUUCCAAGAGAUGGAUAAAAGGAAUAUUGUUUCCUGGAAUGCUAUGAUUGCAAAUUUUGGUCAAAACAGGCUUGAGUUGGAAGCCAUUGGACUUGUGAGACAAAUGCAAGGUCAUGGUGAAAUUCCCAACUCUGUCACCUUCACAAAUCUUCUUCCAGCGUGUGCUCGGUUGGGUUCCCUUCGUUAUGGAAAAGAAAUCCAUGCAAGGACAGUCCGCAUGCUAUAUGCCUCUGAUUUGUUUGUCUCCAAUGCUCUGACAGACAUGUACGCAAAAUGUGGCCGGCUAGAUCUUGCUCGGAAUGUAUUUAACAUCUCCCUCAGGGAUGAGGUGUCUUAUAAUAUACUAAUAAUUGGCUAUUCUCAAACUACGGAUUGCUCAGAGUCUCUGAAUUUGUUUUCUGAAAUGAAGCUUGUGGGAAUGAUUCAUGACAUUGUUUCCUUUGUGGGAGUUAUAUCAGCUUGCGCAAAUGUAACUGCAAUCAAGCAAGGCAAAGAGAUUCAUGGGUCAUUAGUAAGAAAGCUUUUCCAUACUCAUCUAUUUGUUGCAAACUCACUUUUGGAUUUUUAUACCAAAUGUGGACGAAUUGAUCUUGCUGCUAAGGUCUUUGACCGCAUUCCAAGCAAGGAUGUAGCCUCUUGGAAUACUAUGAUUUUGGGGUAUGGAAUGCUAGGUGAGCUUAACACUGCAAUCAGUCUUUUUGAAGCAAUGAGGGAAGACGGUGUAGAAUACGAUUCAGUUUCCUAUAUUGCAGUUUUGUCAUCUUGUAGUCAUGGAGGGCUGGUUGAGAAGGGGAAAAAAUAUUUUGAGGGAAUGCAGGCACUGAAUAUAGAGCCGACAGAAAAGCACUAUGCUUGCAUGGUUGAUCUCCUUGGCCGAGCUGGCCUUAUGGAAGAAGCAGUAGAGCUUAUUAAAAGCAUGCCCAUUGUACCAGAUGCCAAUAUUUGGGGUGCCUUGCUUGGAGCAUGCCGAAUCCAUGGGAACGUAGAGUUGGCUAGUUGGCCAGCAGACCAUUUGUUCAGGUUGAACCCUGAGCAUUGUGGGUACUAUAUACUUCUUUCAAACAUGUAUGCAGAAGCUGGGAGAUGGGAUGAGGUAAACAGGGUGAGGGAACUGAUGAAAUCAAGAGGAGUGAAGAAGAACCGUGCUUGCAGUUGGGUUCAGGUUCAGGACCAGGUGCAUGCUUUUGCAGUUGGAGAGAGUCUGGAGACAUUAAAUUCAGAUAGUUGGAUCGCAGAAUCUUAA